AUGAAUAUCCAUGUCAGCCCGAGCACAAGAGCCAUCACCGGCAUGGUCGACUGGCGUGAUGCUACCGUUGGGCCUUUUGGGUUGUCAUUUUGGGGCCUUGAGACCUUGCUAGGAACCUUAGGUGCAGAUGGCUGGCACUUUCAUGCCCGCCACCUCGACUUACGGAGUACAUUUUGGGAGAUCCUCUACGCUACCGCAGGAAUUGUCACGGAGUCCCAAAAGCAGGCAGUCAGGGUUGGAAGGAUGGUUGGCAUCUUCCAGGCGUACAGUCUCAGUAAAGGGGUGCCCGUGGAGACAGGAAACCUGAGUCUUUCGGUUCUUGAGGAAGUCUUGUCGUAUCUGAGUGCGGGCAGCCCGAGCUUUGGCUACGAGUGGAUGCUCCAGUCGAUACUGACAUCCACGAUCGUGGAAACAGUGAGCAUAUAG